CCCUCACUCUCAUCUCGUCCACAACCACACCCACACCCACACCCCCAAUUGAAUACAAAUUAUCACAAUGCCCUCCCCAGAAAACACCAACAAACCCCCGAUAAUCCUCCUCAAAACCAAAUCCACCCCGCACGACAACUACUCCGACUACUUCCACCAACCGACCAGCAACUACACUCCCACCUUCAUCCCAGUCCUCUCACACAACUUCCACACCGAGAGACUACGCUCGAUCCGCGAGCUCUUCACAUCCGGAGCCCUCCUCCCCCCUCAAUCCCAAGAGGAGAAGACCAAGAAGAAUGACCGAAAAUACGGCGGAUUGAUCUUCACCAGCCAGCGCGCAGUCGAAGGCUUCGGGAGAGUACUUGCUGAACUUGACGAUGACAGCUCAGCUCUAAAUACACUAAAAACCUCCUCCCAAAACCUCCCCAUCUACACCGUCGGACCCGCAACAUCCCGCUCCCUCACCACCACCAUCGUUGACAAAUACCUACCGCACGCGAGCAUCCACGGCGCAGAUACAGGGAAUGGAGAGGCAUUAGCGAAGUAUAUUCUCGAACACUAUAAUUCUCUUUAUACCACUACUACUACUACUACUACUACCACUACGUCAAAUCCCAAUGGGGAAGAAGAUGAUGUAUACAACAACAACAACAAGCACAACAACAACAAGCCACCGUUACUUUUCCUCGUCGGUGAACAACGACGGGAUAUUAUCCCGCGGACACUGAUGAAUCCUGAUCUCCCUCCGGGGGAGGGUGUUGGUGUUGAUGAGGUGGUUGUGUAUGAGACCGGGGUGAUGGAGGGGUUUGAGGAGAGUUUUAAGGGGGUGAUUGAGAGGGAGAGGGAGGUUAUGAAGAAUAUUGUUACUACUGAGGAGGGGAAAGGGAGGGUGGUGUGGACGGUGGUGUUUUCGCCGACGGGGUGUGAGGGGAUGUUGAGGGGGUUGGGGUAUAUAGGUAGUGAGGAUGGUAGUGGUUGGGGUUGGGGGAAGGUGGAUGGGGAUGGGGAGAGGAGGUUCUUUGUUGCGACGAUUGGGCCGACGACGAGGGAUUAUUUGAGGAGGGAGUUUGGGUUUGAGGCGGAUGUUUGUGCGGAGAGGCCCAGUCCUGAGGGGGUGGGGGAGGGGAUUGAGAGGUUUAUGAGGGAGAUGAUGAAAUCUUCUGAGGAGACUUAGGUGUGGUGGGUGUUGGUGGUGUAAGAUACAUGUGAUGUGUAUAUAUAUACCCUUGGCUUAAGAAACUUCGUACCACUCUAUAUCAAUCGCUAACGUAAUGUAUAUUCAAGCUGGACUAUCGCUGAAACUGCACGCCGCUUCCACAUCAACAUCAACAAGAAUCUCGAGAUGCUGCAGUCAU